AUGUCCGACUCUGAGAAGUGCUUCACCUUCCUCCGCGACAACAUCCCUGCAUGGCUGGAGGACCUACAGCGCAUUGCGACCAAGAUCGAGGAGAAGCAGGAUGAGGUUGCCAAGGUCCCCGUCGUCCAGAAGAUAGUCAAGAAGACCGGGUCCACCGAGACGCUCAAGGAAGGGAAAGAGGCCCUUCUUGAGCAGGACGGCACCGACGCCGCCCCGCCUGCUCCGGAGGAGCCGCACAUCCCCAACCAGGCCGAGAGACAAGCCCUGGCCAAUGCCAAUCGCAAGCGCAAGCCCGCCUCCGUCUUGUCCAAGACGUCUGGCCCGACCAAGUACCGGACCCGGAGCAUGAUUGUCGUCUACUACGAUGCAGAGGUGCAGAAGGCUUUUGAAACGUUGGUGCGGAACAUUGGAACGGGCCGGAACAUGCUGAGGAAGGGCAAGAUGGCCGCGCGCAUGGAGGCCAUGUCCGCCGAGACCGAGGACGAUGACGACCAGAACAGCGAUGACUUCGACCCCGUCCUUGCCAAGCUGCAGUUCCGACCACGCGCCGGUCUGGGAGCUUUCCGCACGACCCGGGGCAUGGGUCCGGGUGGCUUUGGCAGUGACGGCGGCUCCGAGGGAUUUGAUACUGCGGACAAGGCAUUGGAGAACGCCCAAAGCCUCUGUGAACGUGGUGCACACCAAUCGCUCCGGGAUGGGGAUUGCCGGACCGAGCUCGAAGGCGCCAGAAAGAGCUUCGAGGAAGUGAUCAAGGUCGCGGAAGCCGAAAUCGAGAAGCAGAAGGAGAAGGCGGAGAAGGCUGCCGAAAAGGCAAGGCAACGUGAAGAGCAACGUCGAUCGCAAAACAAACCCGACUUAAUGGACACCGACUCGAAGCUCAUGCCUGCUGCAGCACCAGUGCCGCUCAGCAGCGGUAUGAACGGAGACUUGAAGACCGACACGAUCGAGGUCGACGACAACCCAUCUGACGACGAUGAGGAGUUUGUGAUGCCAACACUACCUCGAAAUAUCCGUCUCACCUCGCGUGGUUAG